UCUUGCAACAACAACAAUAGUAAACAGCUGUCUCUCUUCUUUUUCAGAAACCUCAAAUGCGGCCGAUGAUAGUAGAAUAUGACCCCAAGAAAAAAGGAGUCAAAAAUGACUUAUCAGAUGUCGUUAUGGUCAAGUACAAAGUUGACCCAAAUGAGAUCCCAGUGGAACAACAGGCGGGCUCCACCCUGCCUCUCAUGGAGAUUCCAGGCAGGGAUAUUGAGGCUGAUGAGGACUAUAAUCCUUUCGAGCAUAGGAAACUGGCGCAUCCUACAUCGGAUAUGGAUACGCUUAUCCAUUUGCUGAAAGGAUCCCUCGGCAGUGGAAUCCUGGCUAUGCCAAUGGCUUUCCGUAACGCUGGUCUCUACUUCGGCUUAAUAGCCACAUUUGCCAUCGGAGGUAUCUGCACGUACUGCGUGCAUGUACUGGUCAAGACUGCACAUGAACUGUGCAGGCGGAUACAGAAGCCCUCGUUAGGAUUCGCUGAAGUUGCUGAAGCUGCCUUCUUGUCUGGUCCACCGGCUGUGCAUAAAUUUUCACGACUUGCCAAGGCUAUGAUCAACUGGUUCCUUGUGAUUGACUUACUGGGCUGCUGCUGUGUCUACAUCGUGUUCGUUGCCAAGAAUGUCAAACAAGUGGUCGACGUGUAUGCCAAGGAUACCGACUGGUAUGGCGUAGAUGUUCGUGUAUACAUGGCAGUUCUACUUCCUCUUCUCAUUCUUAUGAACUUGAUAAGGAACCUGAAGUACCUGGCGCCGUUCUCCAUGAUUGCGAAUUUAUUGGUCGGCACUGGAAUGGGAAUCACUUUCUAUUAUCUUUUCCAAGAUAUACCCAGCUUGAGUGAACGUCUGCCCUUCACCCGUAUUGAGCGCUUACCAACUUUCUUCGGAACUGCCAUCUUCGCUCUUGAAGGCAUUGGUGUUGUCAUGCCUUUGGAAAACAACAUGAAGACCCCCACCCACUUCAUCGGAUGCCCUGGCGUGCUCAACACUGGAAUGUUCUUCGUAGUAUCCCUGUACGCAUUUACUGGAUUCUUUGGAUACCUGAAGUAUGGAGAUAACACUCAGAGCAGCAUCACCCUAAAUCUGCCACAAGAAGAAGCGCUGGGACAAUGCGUGAAACUUAUGAUUGCUGUCGCAAUUUUCUUCACCUACAGUCUUCAGUUCUACGUGCCCAUGGAAAUUAUCUGGAAAAAUGUUCGCCACUGGUUUGGAGCCAAGAAAAACCUGGCUGAAUACAGCAUCCGUGUUGGAAUCAUCAUCCUGACUUUGGCCACGGCUAUUGCUAUCCCGAACCUUGGUCCCUUCAUCUCAUUGGUAGGCGCUGUCUGUCUCUCAUUCCUUGGCCUCAUCUUCCCCGCUGUUAUCGAAACUGUAGCUUUCUGGGACAGGCCCAAUGGCCUCGGUCGUUUCAACUGGGUACUCUGGAAGAAUAUGUUCUUGGUUUGCUUCGGAAUUCUCGGUUUCUUAACGGGAGCAUAUGUUAGCAUUUUGGAUAUAAUCCACGGUGAGGAAUAA